UGAAAAAGUGUCCACAAUGUUCCAACCUCACAUUCUCAACCAACGGCAAUGGCAGCCUCAUCCUCCUUCACCUCCUUCCUUUCCUUUCUUCUCCCACCAAAGCCACAAUCGCACCCUCCUUCCCUCGCGCGUUUCUCGCUUCGAAGCCACAAGCUCUGUGCUCAACACCAGGACCACCACUCACCGGAGCUGUCCUCGCACGUUAUAAUGAACCCUUCUUACGCGCACGCAAACACGCUCUUCUUCCGAUCUGCGUACAACGUGCAGGUGGUUGUUGACGAGAACGAGCCCGAGGAAAGGCUGCUCAACCGCUUUAGGAGAGAGGUCAUGAAAGCUGGAGUCAUACAAGAAUGCAAGAGGAGACGCUUCUUUGAGAACAAGCAGGAGGAGAAGAAACGCAAGAACCGCGAAGCUGCUAAGCGUAAAAGCAGAAGCAGGCGCCCUCAAUCAAGAUUUCAAGCACAAAACAAGCAAGAUGUUGCAACAACCAAGAAGGUAGAGGAUGAUGAUAACUGGGAUCUUCCAGAAGUAGACGCUCCAUAUAUUUCAACAACAUGAUCCACUUACAUUCUGUACGAUUCUUCACAUUUUAUUGUGAAAGGCUUUUUACGCAUGAGUUCUGUUGAGUCAAAUCAAUUCCUUGGACGCAGUAAGUGUAAUGUUCAAUUCACAUUUCAUUUUAAGUUAUGCUAUUUAUUCAUUUGUGCAUCAAAA